CAUUUGCACAAACAAGUUUUUUGCCUUUUGCGCUAUCUCCGAAGUGAUAUCUGGAAUUUUAGAGAACCCCCGCGCCGCUUUGGGAGCAAUUGGGAUAGUUUAUUUCUGAAGUCUUUUUUCGGUGGAUGCUGUUUGGUAAUUGAUCCACUAUAAAAAUGGUGAAUAUCCCAAAGACCCGCAGAACAUUCUGCAAGGGGAAGAAAUGCAAGAAGCACACUUUACACAAAGUGACGCAGUAUAAGAGAGGCAAGGAAUCCGAGUACUCUCAAGGCCGUCGCCGGUAUAACCGCAAGCAGAGAGGUUAUGGUGGUCAGACAAAACCCAUUUUAAGGAAAAAGGCAAAAACAACGAAGAAAAUUGUCCUUAAAAUGGAAUGCAGCGAAUGUAAAAUGAGGAAGCAGUUGGCCAUUAAACGUUGUAAGCAUUUCGAAUUGGGUGGCGACAAGAAAAGAAAGGGACAAGUCAUCCAGUUUUAAUUUGUUGCCUCUCAUUUGCGGAUAUUUUUUUGGUUGUCCUGGGUACCUGUUGUAGACAAAUGAAUUAAUAAAACUGCGCACGCCGG